CUAGGUCACUCGACCCACGUCCCCAGAGUAGAACGUGCAGCCCGAGUGAAAGAGAUUGACCUUCAUUGCCUGUCGGGGGAUGCUAGUGUAGCAGAACAAUUGAACCUUACAUUCGCUAUUGACGGAUAUGAUAGCCGGGUCCGACUGCAGCUGGAGCCCAAUCGUGCCAUCAUCUCAAAAGAUGCCCGCCUUCAUUAUCUCGAUGGCAGUGGAAGGCUCAAAGAGGUUCAGUCCUUUGCCGACCACCAAGGAAGAGUCUUCCAUGGCGAUGCCUGGGUAUCUUCCACCAAUAGCUCGUGGCAUUCAGCUGGCCGAGCCCGUGUAUAUCUCAUUCGUGAUGGAGACAGCCCGUUGUUCGAGGGGGCUGUAAAUCUCUUUGGUCAGUACUAUAAUCUUAGAGCCAUCACCAAGGUGGAUGGCUUGGUUAAUAGCUCCUUGACGCACGUGGAGAUUACCGCGCCAGAUGCAGCCCUAAACCAGUUGCAAGACUUAUCUACAGGCACGGUGCAGCACACUCGCGCUUCUGAAGACACCGCCGGAUGUCCCACCUCGCGAAGGAUUGCUCUCAUUGGCCUGGCCACGGAUUGCACCUUUCGAGAGGCGUUUGGUUCGAGUGAAGAAAUGCGACGAGUACUAAUCAGCAUGGUCAAUGCAGCUUCGGAAGUGUUUGAACAGACUUUCAACGUCUCUCUUGCCAUCCGGAACCUCACCAUCAGUGACGAAGCCUGCCCCGAGCGCGCUCGCGAGACCACGCCCUGGAACGUACCGUGUUCCGCGGGGGAUAUAGACUGGCGUCUCCGACAGUUUGCCUCCUGGAGAGAGUCCCAAGAUGGGGCAAAUGCCUACUGGACGUUGAUGACGAACUGUCCCACCAACAAUGUGGUGGGUGUGUCUUUGGUCGGGGGGCUGUGCAACAUCAAUCAAGGUGCCAACGUCGUGGCGCGCACUUUGAAUCAAUGGCAGGUCUUUGCCCACGAAUCAGGGCAUAUGUUUGGAGCGAUUCACGAUUGCGAAUCCCCUGCCUGCUCUUCGUCUCGCGCGCAAUGCUGUCCCCUUUCCUCCUCCACAUGCGACGCAUCCGGUGCAUAUCUGAUGAACCCGUCUUCCUCUUCUCGACAGAUCACAUUCUCACCCUGCAGCAUCGGGAACAUAUGUUCCUUGAUCGGCAACCGACGGGUGCAGACCUCGUGCCUUGCCGAUGGGAGCGACCGCAACCUGACUAUGAUAACACCAGAGGGAUGCGGAAAUGGUAUCGUCGAAGAAGGGGAGGAGUGCGACUGUGGUGGACAUUGUCAGGAGGACGCCUGCUGUGAUGGGGCCACGUGCCGCUUCCGGGAGGGGGCAGACGCUCGGUGUCGGGGGAAUCAUGGAAGUCAAUGUCAAGGCGACAGCUGUGAUAAUCGGCAGUCAACUGACUCGUGGUUUGAUCGCUACUAUUCGCUGGUAAUUGGACUGGUUUCGGGGAUCGGAGGAGGGUUAGUUCUUGGGGUGUUAAUUGUCUUGAUCUGGUGCUGCAGUACUCCUCGUCACCGCGCGGUGUCCAGAAAGCGUGCGCCCGUGGCAGCCCAGAGGUGA